CCCAGGCACAGUCCAGAAAAAAAAAUUUAUCUUCUUUCUUAGAACUAUCUUGGUUGGCAUCACCAGGCCCUGAGAGCACAGUGCAUGCCAGCAUUGCAGAUCCCUCUUAUCAAAAUGAAAGACCUGAUACUGAUCCUGUGCCUCCUUGAAAUGAGUUCUGCAGUACCGGUAUUUCCUAAGCAAGCUGGGAUACCAGGCAUGGCUAGUUUGAGCCUUGAGACAAUGAGACAGUUGGGAAGCUUGCAGGGGUUAAACAUGCUUUCUCAGUAUUCAAAAUUUGGUUUUGGAAAAUCAUUCAACUCUUUGUGGCUGCAAGGACUCCUUCCACCACAUUCCUCUUUCCCAUGGAUGAGACCAAAAGAGCAUGAAACUCAGCAGUAUGAAUAUUCUUUGCCUGUGCAUCCCCCACCUCUCCCAUCUCAGCCAUCCCUGCAGCCUCACCAGCCGGGACAGAAACCUUUCCUCCCGCCCACCGCUGCAACCGCAGUCCAGAACCCCGCCCAGAAGGGAGGGCCUCAGCCUCCGGUCUACCAUCACCGACAGCCACCCUUGCAGCAAGCAGAGGGACCAAUGGUUCAACAGCAGAUAGCGCCAUCAGAUAUGCCACCGAACGAAGAGUUACCGGGAAUGGAUUUCACUGAACCCCGGGGUCCAGGAAUGGAUUAUACUGAUCCCCAAGGUCCAGGAAUGGAUUAUACUAACCCCCAAGGUCCAGGAAUGGAUUAUAUUGAUCCCCAAGGUCCAGGAACAGAUUUUGCUGAGCCCCAGGGUCCAGGAACGGAUUUUGCUGAGCCCCAGGGUCCUGGAGUAAACUUUGCUGAACCCCAAGGUCCAUCUCUGUUCCACAUUGCCCGUUUGAUAUCUCGGGAACCUCUCUCACAAAAUAAGCCAUCUUCACUUUAUCCAGGAAUAUAUUACAUGUCCUAUGGAGCAAACCAAUUGAAUGCUCCUGGAAGAAUUGGUUUCAUGAGCUCAGAAGAAAUGCCGGGUGGCAGAGCAAGCCCCAUGACCUACGGAUCCAUGUACUCUCGGCUGGGAGGCCUGAGACCCAACCUGGCGGGGAUGCCACAGAAUCAGAACCCAGCCAAGGGCGGAGACUUUACUCUGGAGUUCGACACCCCAGUGGGGGCCACCAAAGGCCCAGAGAAGGGAGAAGGAGGCCCGCAGCGCUCUCCCCAGCCGGAGGCCCAGCGCGCUGAUCCUGAAGAGACUGAAACCCGAGAUUUCCUUCCAGAAGCAGCACUUGGACCCCUGGGUGGGCUUCUUGCGUCCCCCAAGGACCAUAUUCCCAGCCAGGCGAGGGGCCCUGCAGGGCAGAACUGGGGAUUCCCCGCGGUCACUGCAGAUGCCACUGACGCACUGAUGAACCCGGGAAUAGCUGACAUUUAUGAGACCUACGGUGCCGAUAUGACCACACCCCCGGGUCUCCAGGGGGAGUCAACCACGGAUACCACCAUGGCCCCAGACGCAAAGCACACACCAAAGGCAGGAAGCAAGGCCCAGAAGCCCCAGAUUAGCCAUGAUGCAUGGCGCUUCCCCGAGCCCUGAGAGCCUUGAAAUAUUAGCUACUUUCUCUAUGCACCAGGCCCCAUGCUUUGUCCCCAUGCCGUUUGCUAAAACACUUAAUACCCUUCUGCAACGGAGGCAUUAAAAAUCCUAAACAUAUACAAGUGGCUAGAAAUAGUGUAAGUCCCCUCCUUGCUUUCUUUCUCCUGUUGAAAUAAAAUGUGUAACUGUUUCUAUGAUUCAGAAAUACUAUUAAUGACAUCAGAGGAACUCUGCUUUUGAGAAAAAUCACUAUUUCUUAGCUUGGUUUUGGCUCAAUAGAAUUUCUUAUAUUCUUUAUAGAAUUUCUUAGCUUGGCAUUGUUAUAUCCAGGAAAUGUGACACGGCUUUGGAAAUUUUUCUCUAAGCUAAGGCACAUAGGCUUUGAAUUAUAUGCUAUUUUCUUCAAAUGUUAUUAAAUAGGAAUUCGUGGGCAAUCCCUGGCUGGUACUACUGAGUUUGGUAUACUGGAUUGAAAAUUCUCAUUUGUAGAGUAUUUUAUUUAAUCUAGUAAAAACA